GUCCAUUUGCAACCCCCAAAAUCUGAAUAGGGGUCUCCAAUUCAUAUGCUAAAUUUUAAGAACCUCCGGUUUUAUUUAGUGACGUAUUUAAAUCCCAGAAUCGUUUAAAAAUCGUAACCUGAGCGGACAGCUUCCAGAAGACAGUUGGUUGACACUAUGGCUAUAUCUACAGUUAGUUGCCAGAUCAGGCAGGUUGACGCACGGCUAGUUUUCACCAUAGACAGAUUCCUUGGGUUGGACUUGGACAGGCAAGAACCACGCAAUGUGUCCCUGAAGCUGUAUCGACCAUGGACAGAGUUGGAAACAACCCAACAGAGACGUCACAUUACAGUAAAAGGAUCAUCGAAGUCUUCGUCGGAGAUUAAGAAAAAAGAAGAGGAACAUAAACUCAACUGUAAACACUUUACAGAGUCCUACAGGAGAACAUUGAAUUGGUACAUCGGGCGCAGGCCGCGGACGGCAUUCAGUAGUGCACAGAUUGAGGUCCUGGAGAGUGUGUUUCUCAUCAACUCCUACCCGGGUAUUGACAUCAGAGAAGAGUUGGCACAGAGACUGCAACUGGAGGAGGACAGAAUACAGAUUUGGUUCCAGAACCGCAGGGCCAAGCUGAAACGUUCUCAAAGAGAGUCACAGUUCCUCAUGGUGAAAAAAGCCUUUGCAGAUCUUAAGGACAAAGAAGAGGAAUAAUGCUAAAACAAGGACAUAAAAAGAUUUACAAUACUUUUAUUUUACGGAUCUCUCUCAGUCUCUCUCUGGUAUAUUUCUAAUAUAUUAUAUUAAAUGUCAAUUUGUCUAGGGUAUGUACACAUUUUAAUAAACAGAUCAGAUCAUUGACAAAC